UAAAGACUUCCGGAGUUCGAAGUUGAGCUUUUUAACAUGUGUUUUGGUGAUAGGAAUUUUUCGUGCGUCGGUCUAUUGUGAGGUCGCUUUCUAGUGUUAUUUCCGUAUGUUUUUUUAGAAAAACGUGUCCAAUAUGUUUGUGAAAGCAUCGAAGCACGAGCUGAUCCGUCUGAUCUACCGACACCUGAAGGACUGUGGUUUCCACUCAGCAGCUCAGGAGCUCCGCAAGCAGAGUGCACAGGAGCUGACAAACACAUCAGUAUCCUUAAUGGAAAUUUACAGUUCAUGGUUAAAUGACUCAAGAAAGAAUACUGACUCUGUGAAACAUGGAACAAGUCCAGCUAAAGAGUUUUCAUUCCUGUUUUUACCUAAAACCUGCAAUCAUCUGCCAGCUACAAAGAUCAACACUCCAACAUCAGCAGGUGCCAGUGGCUCCGACAGAGAGGAUCUGAGUCAGAGUUUAUUGCCACAGACUCCUUGCCUUACCAACAAAAAGUCAGGCCAUUCAUCCCCAGUGAAACCAGUGGCAGCAGCAUCUCCAUUUGAAAGGAAACUAGUGAGCACAUUCACACACGUGCCUGUCGCACCAGAUGAGUCCAGUGACAGCACUGACAUAUCGGGAAAGGAUAAGAAUGUUCCAUCUGUGGUCAAAUCCCCAAGAAUGAAACACAACAGUACAUCAGCCACGUCACCAGCACAGAUAACUGUUCCGUCUGAUGUGUCCCCAACAAAACCAAAGAAGAACAAAAGGCAGCACUCAGGAAAAGCAAUGAAACAAAAACAAAAGGUGAAAAAGAAAAAGAGAGAUAGUAAAACUGCAGAUAAACAUAUCAAGGUCAAGAAACCAAAGACUCGAGAAAAGGGCAAGAAGCGGUCCUCUUUGCCAACGAUGGCUGCUGGAGAUGAAGAUUCAGACUCGGACAGCAGUCUGGAUGUGGACAAAUGGAAGAAGCUGGUUCUGGAUAUGACAGAGGCUGACAUCAUCAAGAUGGACAUCAUCAAUGCUCUGGACUCCUCUGCAUCCCCACAAAAGAAGAGCAGAGUCAGGAAGCCCCCAAAUGAGCCUCCUACAAAAAGUGAUGCUCCUGCUGAACAGAAUAAUGGGACAGUGGAAAAGAAUGUGAAGGUAGACGACAGCAUCAUGAAAGAAAUGCCAAGAAAGACUAAAAAACCCAGAAAGAACAGAACCAAGACAUCAGGAUCUGUGACCGCCUCCCUAAAACUAAAGGAAAAUCUCAUCACCACAGAGGACAAACCAUGUGAACCGGGUGUUUCCCCAGCAAAGCAGGUCACAAAAAAGGACAAAAGGAAAAGUGUGGCAUUUGGCGAAGAAAAUAUUGAGGAGGUACAAUCUGAGCCCAAAGGAAAAAAGAGGAAAACCCACAUGGGCGAAAAUGCAAAGGAGACUGCAGAAGAUCAAAGAGAAGAAAUCUACCAGCAGAGUUUAGUUUCUAUACCCGUGAAGGAAAAGAAGAAAAAGAUGAAGAAUAAAUCUGAAGAUGAAAUAACAGAGAAUACAAGUGAAACGGCAGUUAGUCAGGAAUAUCCUGAGCAUAUGAAAAAGAAGAAAAAGCAGACAGCUGGAGAAAAAGUAGGAGAGAAUCCAACUGAGACUGCAGAAGAUCAAAGAGAAAGAGAGCAUAUGGAAGAGAAGGAACAAAACCAAGAAGUCAACCAGCAGAGUUUACUUUCUAUGCCCAUGAAGGAGAAGAAGAAAAAGAUGAAACAUAAACCUGAAGAUGAAACGACAGUUGAGAAUGCAAGUGAAACUAUAGUUAAUCAGGAAUAUCCAGAGCAAAUGAAAAAGAAGAAGAAAGAUAUUAAAGACAAUGCAGAACAGGCAGUUAAAAUAAAGAAAGCCAAGAAGAAGAAAAUGGAAACAGAGGAGGGUGACGAAAAUUCAGAGCAGGUCAAGAACGACGAUGAGAACCACACAGAGCCGAAAACUGUAGAAGAGAAGACAAAAAAGAAAAGAAAAAAAUCUGAUCACAAAGAUGCUUCAUCGGUGGAAACAGCUGAUGGAAAGACAAAGAACUCUAAAUGCCAGUGAAAGUGAGGAAAAGCUCAAGCAGAUAAGAUGAAAAAAGAAAAAGGACUGUGGGUCCAACUCUGACUAUUUGCUACAGAACCACAAUCUCCUUCUGCCUGAUUUCUGUGUAAAUAACAACAUGAAAAGAAAUCUUCAUUCCUGCGGAAAAAUGCAGACAACAAAUCCAUUUUAUCACAUUUCUUAAUGUAUCUUUUUUUGGAUCAUCAAUGAACACUGCAAAGU